AUGAUCACCAGAGUUCUCCUCGUUUUGGCAAUUUUUGGUGGAAUCGUCGAAGCGAAAACGAAAUGCGAUGAUGGUGUUGAGAAUGUGAUCAAAUUCACUGAUACCACAAGAGGAAAGGGAAAGAUCAUUUUCACCGAUUUCGAGGUCUCCACGUAUGACGAUGAAAAGAGCCCAUCGUGCGUCAAAGGAAAACCGCAAUUCAGACUUCCUGGACAUUUCAAACUCACGAAAGGAUUCAUUGAAGUUAAAGAACCAAUCACUGAUGAAGAUUCUCUUGAAUUAGCGAUGACCGUCGAGAAGGACAGCUUCAUGAUCGGAAAAGUGUGUGAAAAUGGAAAAAGUCAAAAUUCAUUCGUCCCCGACCAACUUUGCAAAUUCAAAUUGUGCAGCAUUGCUCCAAGUGUGUGCGCUCUUCUUCGCGUCAAGACCAGCGCACCAAUCGACGUGACACCGUUCGUUCAGAAAGAGCCGAUUGACAUUGGAGCUUUGCCAAUUCCGCAACUCGGCGGAAACUGGAAAAUCUCGGCGAAAAUCGUGCAAGGCUCGAAAACUCUCGCUGGAGUUCAAAUCGGAAAUGGAAAGACGUGGCUCAGCAUUGACUCGCAAGAGGGUGCUGGAGGUGGCCUCAACUUCAACCCAGUGCCACCAUCAACUGGCCACGAAGAGUUGUAA